AUGGAUGGCUGGAUUCUGCGGGACAACACCGGCCUGAAGGGUUCCGCCGCCGACUUUGCACGACAACAGCUGGAGGAGGACAAACUCCCUCAGUCCGAAGCCGGCCGGUUCAUCACCAAGGUGGACUGCGGAGGCGGCCAGGAAGCAGCGCAGUAUGAGCGGCAUCUGCCGUCGUGCACCCACCUGGUGCAAGCUGUAGGAUUUACUCGGGAUCCCCUUCCCGAGCUGUCAGUGAAUGGCCGUCUUCUCGAUCCUGAAUUUGACUCGGUGUCAGGUGGCUUCCAUGAUGCGACAGGCCGUGUCGUCCCGGGUUUGCAUGGAGCAGGAAUCGCAUUCCCGGAACGAGUGGUCGAUCCCUACGGCAAUGUUGAACAUGCCGUUGGGUUCUGGAAGUUCAUGAAGUUUAUCAAGAGAGUCAGUCCCCAGUGGACAGCAUGA